AUGGGUUCUGUGACCUAUCGCGAUGGUAUUGCCAUCCUCCAACUUGCCAUCUUUCCUGUCUUUCUCGUACUUGCGCUUUUCAUCUGGAAGCGGACUGGCUGGAGGGCUGGUCGCAAGACUUGGCGAUUUAUCAUAACGCUCUCUCUUCUUCGAAUCAUCGGUGGAAUAUGUACGCUAUUGACGAUUACCGACUACGAUGAGAAGAUCUAUAUUGCUGAAGCAGUAUGCGAGUUGAUUGGAAUUGCGCCUCUGAUCCUUACUUAUAUUGGACUGUUGGGACAAAUAGAUAUCCAACAACGAAUGCAUCCCAAAUAUCUCAAAAUUGUGACCAUCGUUUGCAUCGUUGGUCUCAUUCUUGGAAUCGCGGGAAUUAGUAUGGUCCCCGACAACACAACCACCUUCCAUCCAAACGGUGUUGUCAAGGGUGCGAUGGCAAUUUUCAUCGUGGUGUUUGUUGUCCUUAUCUCGACAACUGUCUGGCUAUACAUCCAGCUCCGAUCCACGGCCAGUGUGUGGCAGCGCAAGUUCUUCCUUGCCAUUGCGCUUUCUUCACCUUUCCUGUUGGUCAGGUUGGUUUACUCGGCGAUCGGUGAUUUCACUACCGAUUCCCGCUUCACGAUCUUGUCGGGUGAUGCCACUAUCUAUCUCUGCAUGAGUGUCCUGCAGGAAAUUGUUGCUUUGGGGAUUGCCGUUGGCAUUGGAAUGAUAGUUGUGCCAGAGAAACAACAAAAGCACUUUGCUUAUAAGGAGGUCACCCCUUCUUUGGAGAACGAUAGG